ACCAAACCCAAAUUCACAACCAACCAAGGAAAACCCCCAAUCUCUCUCUCUCUCUCUUUCUCUCUCUCUCUCUCUCUCUUAUUUGAGCUACGUGUUGAUUUGUAUGGAAAACUAGGGUUUUGUUUCUGUUUUUAGCAACAACUGCACACAAAGCCUUCACUCUCUGUUCUCUAUCUGUGUUGCUUUUGAUUUCGCUUUGAAUUUGAAACGAUGGGUUGAAGAGAAACACAUCUGAGAUUAGUUCAUGGAGUGGGACAGCAAUUCUGAUCUGAGCGGCGACGAAGAAGGGUUUCUAUUGAACGAUGGAGGUCCCUUGCCGUUUGCUGUGGACAGUUUGCUGCAACCAGCGCCGUGUGGGUUCGUCGUUACAGACGCUUUAGAGCCUGAUCAUCCGAUUAUAUAUGUCAAUUCAGUCUUUGAGAUGGUCACUGGUUAUCGAGCUGAAGAGGUUCUUGGGCGGAAUUGUUCUGAUUCCGUAAGACUUUGUGGCAGUCGUUUCUUGCAAUGCAGAGGCCCAUAUGCAAAAAGAAGGCAUCAGCUGGUGGAUUCUGCUGUAGUUUCAGAAAUAAGAAGAUGCCUUGAAGAUGGAGUUGAAUUCCAAGGCAAUUUGUUAAAUUUUAGGAAAGAUGGAUCUCCAUUGAUGAAUAGAUUGCGCCUGACACCUAUAUAUGGAGAUGAUGAAAUAAUUACACACUUUAUUGGUAUCCAGUUCUUCACUGACGCAAAUCUUGAUCUGGGCCCACUUCCUGGAUCUUCAACAAAGGAGUCUGCUAGAACAUCUGAUCAGUUCCGUUCCAGCCUUUCCGCUUAUUGGCCAAAUGCAGAUGUGAACCGAAAUAUCACUCGAGGGGCUUGUGGAAUUCUUCAAUUGAGUGAUGAGGUCCUGUCUCUCAAGAUUCUUUCACGUUUGACUCCAAGAGAUAUUGCAUCUGUCGGUUCCGCUUGUAGGCAACUCUAUGAGCUAACAAAGAAUGAGGAUCUAUGGAGAAUGGUCUGUCAAAAUGCUUGGGGUAGUGAAACAACUCGAGUUUUAGAGACAGUGCCCGGAGCAAAGAGACUUGGGUGGGGUCAUCUUGCAAGGGAACUUACAACUCUUGAAGCAUCAGCGUGGAGGAAGCUAACCGUUGGAGGUGCUGUUGAACCAUCUCGUUGCAACUUCAGUGCAUGUGCUGUCGGGAAUCGGGUGGUUCUUUUUGGUGGAGAGGGCGUCAACAUGCAACCAAUGAACGAUACCUUUGUCUUGGAUUUGAACUCUAGCAAUCCCGAGUGGCAACAUGUCAAAGUGAGCUCCCCGCCUCCUGGUCGUUGGGGUCACACGCUUUCUUGUGUGAAUGGAUCUCAUUUGGUUGUGUUUGGCGGAUGUGGAAGGCAAGGUUUACUAAAUGAUGUCUUUGUGUUGGAUUUGGAUGCCAAGCAACCAACUUGGCGUGAAAUAUUCAGUCUCGCCCCUCCACUACCACGAUCAUGGCAUAGCUCAUGCACCCUUGAUGGGACAAAGUUGAUUGUUUCUGGUGGCUGUGCAGAUUCUGGAGUACUGCUUAGUGAUACUUUUCUUCUUGAUCUCUCAAUCGAGAAGCCCGUCUGGAGGGAGAUACCAGUGGCGUGGACCCCACCUUCUCGGUUGGGUCACACGUUAUCUGUUUACGGUGGUAGGAAAAUUUUGAUGUUUGGGGGUCUGGCCAAGAGCGGGCCCCUCCGUUUCCGCUCAAGCGAUGUCUUCACAAUGGAUCUGAGUGAGGUAGAACCGUGUUGGAGAUGUGUAACUGGGAGUGGAAUGCCUGGAGCUGGAAAUCCAGGUGGCAUGGCUCCUCCUCCCAGGCUCGAUCAUGUAGCCGUGAGCCUGCCAGGUGGCAGAAUCCUGGUAUUUGGUGGGUCCGUGGCCGGUCUUCACUCAGCCUCGCAGCUUUAUAUCCUGGACCCUACCGAUGAGAAGCCUACUUGGAGGUUAUUAAAUGUACCUGGGCGACCACCGAGAUUUGCUUGGGGACAUAGUACGUGCGUUGUUGGUGGGACAAGGGCCAUAGUUCUUGGUGGUCAAACAGGAGAGGAGUGGAUGCUAAGUGAGCUUCAUGAGCUAUCUUUGGCAAGUUCUGUUAUCUGAUUCAGGAGAAACUAAAAGCAAACUGUCACCGACGAAAUGACAAGGACUCUUUGACCUCAGGAAGUAAAACUCGGUUUAUCAAUUUGCGGAGAAUGUGCGUAUUAUCUGAAGAUGCUCACAAGUUAUGGUGCAGUUUCUUGUUUGAGGUACCUCUGCCUAGCUAUAAAACAUUUCUCUGAGUGACUUUUUCAAAUGGGUUUAAUUUUAUGCGUUUAGAUGGACCACAUAUUGGGUCAUUUUACCUUUCUAGUCUAGUAGUGCUUAAAUAGAUUGGUAGGUUAUAAUAUAUAUAGGUUUAGUUUGUGUUGUUAGUAAGCCCUUUUGUUCUUGUGGUUCAGGUUUUCAUAAUUUGAACCUAACUUUCUCAACUCAAUCCCCUACAAGCCCCCCACCCCCCACCAAAAAAAAAAAAAAAAAAAAGAGGUAAAAGGAAAAGGAAAAGAAAACAUUGGAAGAAAAGAAAGGUGAUAAAAAGGAGAUCAGCACUGCUGCGUGUAUAUAAAAAGUGACGAACUGAUUCUAUCUUUAUUUGUACUAAAAAGCUACAUUUCCUAUACUUCUAGAGAAUUAUAUUUGGAUUGGCGCGUUCGAAGCAAAGCAAUGACCAGUGUGGAAUCUGGAGAAGGCUGUCCGAGUCACUUUUUGUUGCACAAGAUGCUCUGCUUAUUCUUUGGACCGGAUCAAGUAUUCCAGAUGGGUUUGGUUGCUGGGACUGAAGAAACUAUUCUCUAAUUAGUAAGCAAAGACGGCCUCUCUCGCUCUCACCUGUCUUGAUCUUCUCUCUCUUGGCCUGCUGGUGCUGUUCAUCUUCUCUUUUUCGACAUGCUCUUCCAUUGGACAAUUGCCUGUUUUGCUAGUUAUGUGGUUCGAUCUUUACGCAGUUUGAAGUUGAGUUCUUGAAUGUUGCAAUUAAGCCAGGAUGAUUUUUGUGUUCUACUUUGAACAAAUUAGUUGCUUACUUUUACUUGCUAAAAUGAUGUCAAUCUUUACCCCCUCACCCUCUUUUUUGUUUUUGUUUUUCUGUUUUUUUGGAGAGGGAGGUGUUUUUAAAUAAGUCUGUAGAUCGAUAUGGGCCUCUUUUGGUAUGAUUGUAAGAUAUGCACUUGUCGGUCCCAUUCAAGAUUAAUUUCAUUGCUUUGCAACUCAGCUUGAAAAUAGCUAUUAUUUGGUA